UUCUUGUUUGAGCUAUAAAUCUGUUAGGAUUAAUUUAAUAAAUUCUACACAGUUUUAGAUUUUUUAUUUACAUGAUACUGUUUUUAAGGGUUGUGGGUUGUGUGGUGGGUUAAUGGAGAGCUGCGGUGUUAAUAACAGCGCUAAUGGCGUUGUGAGCUGGAAGAAAAAUCCUCUUCCUCUUCUUCUCCAUAGACGGGCAUCUGGACCCGCUCAUUACGCUCUCACCUCCCACACCGAGCAUGACCACAAACCCAUGGAUGGUCUUCUGGGAAAUCGUGUCUAUUCUAAAGCUCCUCCACACUGGCACACACAUUACCUAAAUGAUCUGGCUUGGAGGAUGAAACAAUGCAAGUCAGUGGUCUGUACACCACUGACUGAGAUGAGGGAGCAGUACAGGGGGCAACCAGCAUCGCAUGAGCUUCUAGUGGACCACUACAGGACCCUGAAGGCACUACAUAAACAGCUGGCUCCAUUUUCAGCCCUGCUGCCCAGAGAAGCAGCCACAGAAGUCAGCACAGCUCAUACAGACUACAGGAGCUUCAGCAGGUCUGAGCUGGCUCCUUUCCCGGAUACGCCACCCACCACGACCCUGACCACGAGCGCCGCUUUAAGCCGCCUCCCACCCCACAAAGCCCCACCCAGUUUGUCCUCUCGGCUACAGCCGCCCCUCCCAUCCCUGCCUUUGACCCGCGAUAAAAUCAGUGUGUAUAGGAACAGUUUUACUUCACCUGCCCCUCGAACCAUGUCCUGCACCCCUGCUGCCCUCCACCACAGGACAGAACGUUCAGAGCAGGGCUUCUCUCUGAGGCACGUCCUGGACGUCCCCAAGAUGUAUAGCACCGAGAACCAGAGCUAUGGAAGAGGCAGGAUGGUGCUCGUGUGAGAUCACACAUCCAUUAUUAACCAGGUCGACCAUUUUUAUCCACAGAUCUGUUUAUUAUUAAUGAAUGUGAGAGAUUUUAUUAUAAAAACAUGUGCAUGCUAAA